AUGGAGUGUAGAAGAAAAUUUGACAAGAUUCUCAGUGAAUAAACACUUAAACUUGAACUCCCUGUUUCCUUCCAUAAAAAGGUUAGACAGACCUUGAUUGAUGCUAUGAAGAAGAACGGAAAUAUUAAAGAAAGAUCAAUUGUUUUACUUAAGGGUGACACAAUUAAAUUCAUGCAUGACCAAGAUAUAGUCGAAGAGUUCUAAUAAGAAGCUAACAUCUUUUAUUUGUUUGGUGUUAGAGAGUUUGACUGCCAUGGUGUCUUAGAAUUAGAUACUGGCAAGGCAUUCUUGUUCUGCCGCAAAAUCCCUGAUGAAUGGAAGAUAUGGAUUACUGUUAAGGAACCUCCUUUCUUUAAGUAGCAAUAUUAAGUUGAUGAUGCUUGGUUUGAUACUGAAAUGGAAAACUAUUUAAAGUAAAAAAACCCAGAAGAAAUUCAUAUCUACCAUGGUAUCGAUUCAGAUAGUGGCUUGAGUCUUCCUGAACCUAGCUUUGAAUGCCUAAAGAAUUACACUGUUGUUAAAGAUAAGCUUUAUGAUAUACUUAAUGAACUUAGAGUUAUCAAGCAUCCUGAAGAAAUUGAAUAAAUGAAAUUCGUUGGUAGAAUCUCUUCUGAUGCUCAUCUCAGAGUUAUGAAUAAUAUCAAGGCUGGAAUGAUGGAAUAUUAAAUGGAAGCUUUAUAUAAGUUCCACGUUCACGAAUUAAUUGGUUCUAAGGAAAAAUCCUACAACUGUAUUUGCGCUUCUGGAGAUGCACCUGCCCUUCUUCAUUACAUCGACAAUGAAAAAUAAAUUCCUGAUAAUGCUCUUAUUUUAAAUGAUAUGGGUUCUAAAUAUAAUGGAUACACUUCUGAUAUCACAAUUACAUUCCCCUCUAAUGGUAAAUUCUCACAAAAACAAAAGGAGAUAUAUAAUGCAGUUUAUGAAGCUUAUACUGCAGUUCUUAGUAAGGUAAAGGCAGGAGUCUCUUGGGAAGAGAUGCAUUUCUUAGCAGAAAGAAUCAUAUUAUAGCAUUUGAUUAAAUUAGGCUUAGUUGUUGAUACCCCAAUCCAAGAAUUAAUUGAAAAAAGAGUAUCAGCUAUGUUCUUCCCUCACGGAUUAGGUCAUUUUAUGGGUUUAAGAGUUCACGAUGUUGGUGGCUACAAUCCAGGUCAUCCUCCUAAACUCAAAGACGUAGCAGGACUAAGAAGUCUUAGAACUAGAAGAGUUUUACAAGAAGGCAUGUGUAUCUCUGUUGAACCUGGAUGCUAUUUCAAUAAAUCCUUAUUACAUUUAGCCUUUAACCAUCCAGUUGUAUCUAAAUAUCUUGUAAAAGAAAAAAUAAACGAGUAUUUAGAAGUUUCAGGAGUUCGUCUAGAAGAUAACAUCGUUAUUACUAAGGAUGGUUACAUUAACUUUACAGAAGUUCCAAGAACUAUUGAGGAAGUAGAAAGAGCUUGUGCUGGACUUCCUUGGAAAGAUUGA